AUGGCUUCCUGGAGUGGGGGCAUUCUGCAGAGACGUGGCUCGGAGCCCCUGAAACCCGGCGGAAGAAGGAAAAGCAGCGGGGGUCAGGGGAAAGAGAGGCAAGACUGCGGAGGCGCCGGAGGAGACCUGACGCGGGAUGACCUCCUGUUCCUCCUCAGUAUGAUGGAGGGAGAGCUGCAGGCCAGGGAUGAAGUGAUCACAGUGCUAAAAGCAGGGACGACGGACUUGGCUCCACUGGAGUCCCAUUACGGUUUUAAAGGCCCGGCGGAGGGGAUCCGAGCCCUGCACAGAGACUCAGUCCAGGCUCAGUGGGACCCACUACAAGAUGUGUAUGCAAAACCAAUGGUGGAGCUGGAUCGCUUGGUGGCGGUCCAAAGACGGUCAUUCAGACAGAUGCUGGAGCAGCUGCUGGAGGUGGAGCGCUCACACAGCGGUGCCCUCUGCAGGCUGGAGGAGCAAGACAGGAAGCACAGAAUCUUCAUCCAGAAAAGUGAUGAUCUCACCGCCAUGCUGGAGCAGGAUCGAGAGAGGCUUAAGUUGCUGAUCAUAAAGGAAAAAGAAUACCAGGAAAGAAAGGAAGAGGAGAGUGAAAGGGAGAUCUUGCUUCUGAAGGAAGAGCUGACCAAGCUCAAGGCUUUUGCGCUUUUGGUUGUCAAUGAGCAACAGUGUCUAACCAAACAGCUGGAGGAACAGAGGCGACGUGUCCAAGAGCUGACCGCCAUCGGUGACCACGCCAAGCAGGAGCUCACCGCUGCUCUCUCCAGAGCAAAGGAGGAAGAACUGAGGGCCCUGCAUCUGGAAGAGGAACUGCACCACCAGGCAUCUAUCCUGCUCCAAAACCAGGUAGCCAUGACAGCCAAACUGGCAAAUGAGGACACUCAGAGACAGGAGCUCAGACAGCGGCUGGCGGCCCUCAGCCAGCAACUAGAUGAACUGGAAGGAACGAGAACUGUCCUGAGACGGGCAGAGGAGGAGCUCCAGGAGCUGAGAGACAGGGAGAGGGGCCUGGAGGAUGGGGGAGGCAACAGAGAAGGGACGUCCAUCUUACUGUCGGAGGUGGAGGUCCUGAGGAGGAGAGUGGCGGAGAUGGAGGGAAGGGAUGAGGAGCUUAUGCGUAUGAGGGAUGAGAGCAGAGAUCUGGAUCGCAGGAUAGGGAGGGAAGCCAGCCAGUGCCGCAGCCUGAAGGUUGAAGUGGAAAAACUCAAUGGCAGAAUCAGCGAACUGGACAAACUGGAGGAGGCUUUAGGCAAGAGCAGACAGGAAUGUGGCGCUCUGAAGGGCAACUUGGAGAAAGAAAAAGGUGCUAGCAAGCAGCUAUCCAGUGAACUGGACACUCUGAAGGUCCGGAUCAGAGAGCUGGAGGCAGUAGAAUGUCAACUGGAGAAGAAAGAAGUGACUCUGAGGCAGGACCUUGCCAAACUCAGGACACUGACCAUGGCUCUGGUGGAGGACAGGAAGUCCAUGGCCGAGAGGCUCCAAAAGGCCGAGGAACAACCCAGCAGGACAGAGAGUAAAGAAAAUAACCAAAACAGUUUGACAAUCAUGACACUGAGAGAUGAGAGGCGGCAGGCGCUGAGGUCCAAAGCAGAUUUAGAGGAAAGGAUAAAGAACAUAGCAAAAGAUAAGGAUGAGCUGCUGACCAGAUUAAAAGCAGAAGAGGAGAGGAAUAAGGUGCUACAGAGUGAAGUCAGCAUCAUGAAGAGUAAGCUACAGGUCCUAGAGAGUAGAAAAGAAAAAGAGGAAAAGAAAGUAGAGGAGAUGCACAUCCACAGCCCUUCUUCUCACAACUUUAAAAAUAACUACCAGGUGGAUGACAACAAGGUCAAAGAGCUGAGCCAGGAGGUAGAGAGGCUACAUAGGAGACUCAAAGAGAAAGAGGUGGUAGAGGGGGAGCUGGUGAAGGCUGAGGAGGAUUUUGAGUCUCUGGAGAGGAGGUUCAGGUUGGAGCAGGAGAGGUCCCAAGCACUAAUGAAUGAGCUAGAGGAAGCCAAGACAGAGCUCUCAAGGUACCAUCUGGCAGAGAAGCAGGAGGUUAACUCAGAACACCUUCUCCUUCAUCGUCUCCAGCAGGAGCAGGUCAAGUCCAGGCUUUUAGGCAGGGAGGUGGAGGCCCUGAAGGAUAAGGUCCAGAGACUAAUGGGGACUGAAGAGUCCAUCUCAAAGGUCCAGAUGGACCACUCAGCUCUGCAGAGGAAACUGACCCAACAAGAGGCCCGAAACAGAGAGCUGGCUCGAGAGAUGGAGGGACUGACUACUGAGCUGGAGAGGUACAGACGGUUCAGUAGGACUCUGAGACCUGGCGUCAAUGGGCGGCGCUUUACAGACCUCCACCAGUCCACCAAGGAGGUGCAAACAGAGCCAGGAGAAAGCCUAUCUCCAGUUGACAGUAACAUGGCUCCUUUUCUGCACAAUGGAAAACUAGAACAGGAAAGUGACGAGGAAGACCCAAACCAGAAUGAGGAACAAAACAUAGACAGAAGAAGCUCAACUCCUCAUAACCCCAACAACUUCAACCAUGCAAAUAACAAUGCUAGGCGACAUAGCAGCUCUUCAGUCAACAGCAUGGAUAUGCACCAGUUAGUUAAUGGUGAGGUGAUGAACGGAAAUCUUGUGAAGAAAGGUGAUGUGGUACUGACACACACACCAGGGCAGCCUUUACACAUCAAAGUAACACCCGACCACAGCCUGAACACAGCCACACUAGAAAUAAGCAGCCCCCCUGCAGACACAACUACAUCCUUCACCAGCACAGCUGUCAUUCCAACUAGUGGAGCCCCACCGAAACAAAGAAUUACCAUCAUCCAAAACUCAGCCCUGUCCACAGUAAUGAGUACCAGCCCUGAAAGAGCCCUCUCACCCCCAAUGCCUACAACACCCAUUUCCCAGGUGGCUAGUCUGGACACAUCACGCUCUGUGACACCUGAUCAAAACUCCCCGGUCCAGAUCGUAACAGUCAGCACCUGUUCUCCAGAGCCUCCUGCGCUCAUAGGUCAGGCAGUCUUACGGAUGAGUCCAGAGAGGGAAAAUAGUUGGCACCUCCAGAGGUCAAACAGUGCCAAUGCCAGUCCCAGUGUCAUCACCACAGAGGAUAACAAGAUCCAUAUCCAUCUAGGGAGUCCUUAUGUCCAAGGUCUUAAUGGUCUAGCCCACAGUAUCCCCCAGCUUAGCGGCCAGUACUACACCCUUCGACAGGAGCAUAGGACACAAAUGUUGACGAACGGCUGCCACGUCAAAGGUGCUGGCAAGAUUACCAGUAGCAUCACUAUAACCCCUGCUACCUCCCCAGUUUCACACCCUUCAAAAAUUGCAAUUCCCCAGGCAUCGCUCAAGAAACCGGGCCCAACAAGGAUUCCAAAACCUAAAGGAUACGGCAUUCAAAGAGGGACCAACAGAGCUCCGAAUGCUGGACAGAACCGUGGAAAACCUCUCACUGUGCACACAGGAAAAAACACUGGCCUGAGAACACACAACAUUCCUAAGACUACAACAACAUGCUAGUGACAAACAACCCAAAGGAUCCGGUGACCAAAGGGCCAACCAAGCAUAGUGCAAAGGUAAUAAACUGCAUACCUGUCAACAUGUCAAACUA